GGAAUAAUAACACAGURACACCCAGUGACUAAAAGAGGGAAAACGAAGAGGAUGGCCGGAGCAAAAUCAGCCCUGGUUCUCUGCAUGGAUGUGGGCUUCUCCAUGUCCAACUCAGCCCCGGAUGAAGAGCCUCCAUUUGCACAGGCGAAAAAAGUCAUCCAGAAGUUUGUCCAGCGCCAGGUUUUUGCAGAGACCAAGGAUGAACUGGCUUUGGUUCUGUUUGGCACGGAUUCUACCAAAAACCCUUUGGACCAGGAUGGGCAAUACCAGAACAUCACGGUGCAUCGUCAUCUUAUGGUGCCGGACUUUGAGCUGCUGGAGGAGAUUGAACAUCAGAUCCACCCUGAGAAUCAGCAGGCUGACUGGCUGGAUGCUCUUGUAGUUUCCAUGGAUCUUCUCCAGAGAGAAACCCAGGGGAAAAAGUGUGAUCGCUCCAACAUUGUUCUCCUGACUGACCUGAGCACUGAAGCCAGUUCAGACAAGCUGGAUGUUAUUAUUGAGAACUUGAAUCGAGCUGGAAUCACCCUGCAGUUCUUUUUGCCUUUCCCAGUGGAGGAUGAAGAAGAGGGUGAAGGAGAUGGGGACGGAAAGGGUUCCGGUGACCCUGGUAGGGGCAAAGGUCUCUCCAGGGAACAGCAAAGUGGCCUGGAAAUGGUUAAAAACAUCAUGCUGAGUCUGGACGAGGAGGAGGGCCUGGAAGAAAUUUACACAUUCAGGAAUGCUGUGGAGCAGCUGUGUAUGUUUAAACGCAUUGAGAGGAGACCCAUGGCCUGGCCCUGUCAGCUCACCAUCGGUAGCUCUCUGCCCAUCCGUAUCGUUGGCUUCAAAGCAGUGACUGAGGAGAAACUGAAGAAAAUGUGGAUCACAGUCGAUGCUCAAACCAACCAGAGAGAUGAUGUGAAGAGAGAGACUGUUUACUGUCUGGACGACGACAAUGAGACAGAAGUGCAGAAGGAAGACAUUAUUCAGGGUUUUCGUUAUGGAAGUGACAUUGUACCUUUCUCCAAAGUGGAUCAGGAUCAGAUGAAAUACAAGCAUGAUGGGAAGUGCUUUGCYGUUCUGGGCUUCACUAAACGGAACUUGGUUCUUCGCCAUCAGUUCAUGGGAACACAGGUUGUCAAGAUAUUUCCUGCACGGGAUGAUGAGCAUGCAGGCGUGGCCAUGUCGGCUCUGAUCCGUGGUCUGGAUGAGCUCGACAUGGUUGCCAUCGUGCGUUACGCCUACGACCGGCGCAGCAAUCCUCAAGUGGGCGCUGCAUUCCCRUGUAUCAAGCCUGAAUAUGAGUGCCUGUUAUAUGUUCAACUGCCCUUCAUGGAAGAUCUUUAUGGAAGACRGUUUACGUUUCCUUCUCUUGAGAACAACAAGAAGAUCGCUCCAUCUGAGACGCAGCUGUCAGCCAUCGACUCUCUCAUCRAUUCGAUGAUGCUUGUAACAGAAGACGAAGAUUUGCUCAAACCUCACCAUCUUCCCAACCCUGCCUUCCAGAGACACUUCCAGUGUCUGCACCACAGGGCUGUACACCCCGACUCUCCUCUUCCCCCCAUGGAGCCGUGGCUGGAGGCUGCUCUCGAUCGCCCUGAGGUCAUCCAGGAACGCUGCCAAGCUCCACUGGAGGAGAUAAAGAAGUUGUUUCCACUCACCGAAGUAGAGAAGAAAAAGAAGCUGAAGACAAGCGCUCAGAUUUUUGGCAAAGAGUGAAUUCUGGAACAUAUUGAGUCUGGAAAGUCCAACACCUGACUUUAACAGAUGUGUCUUAAACGAAUUUCCACCUCCAACCAGGUGGGAAGCGUCGAUCCAGCCAGGGACUUCCGCACUCUGAUUAAACGGAAAACUCUUCCGUUCGGAGAAGUCUGUCAGCAGCUGACUCACAGGAUAGAGCAGCUGCUUAGCAACAAGAACACGCACUACUACAUGAAAAGCAUCACCUGYAUUCAGGCUUUCAGAGAGCAGUCUAUUAAGCAGGGGAAUGCUGAUCUGUUCAACAGUUACCUUCAGUCCCUGAAAAGGAGUAUUCCCAGCAGAGCCCUCGAGGUCUUCUGGGACCUGCUUGUUCAAGACGCUGUGACUUUGAUCAGCAAGGACGAGGUCGAAGGAAGCGCCGUGUCGAAAAGUGAAGCCUCUCAGUUUCUUUUGGCUGAGGAAAAGAAAGAACAAGCUGCUCCUGAACCGGUGGAAGACACUGGCGAUGUUGAUGACUUGGUGAGUGAGAAAAUGUGUCCUCCAACAACAAUCUAUGUUCYCUCUUUUUAUAUAGAUGAUUUAGGAAUUAGAUUAGUGUUAGAACUGUUUYCUCUGYGGUUUUCAUGUUGUUCUUUGAGGAGUUGAGCUUUUAGUGCCUCAUUAUAAACACAUCAGGCUCAUAUCUYUUCUCUUUGCUCUCUUCCUGUGCAGCUGGACAUGAUGUAAGAAAAGAAGCAGGAGGGGUGUUGGCAGAAAUCUAAGGAAUGUUUUGUUUGAACCCACCAAAAGCAAACUAGUUAAACCGUCCUUUGUCCUGUUCCUUCCACUGGAAGUCYCCRUCACUGGGUGYGUUUUAGUUAGCUGUACUUUAUUAAACAAUUGACMAAACAACUUACAGAAAACUGCUUAGACCAAAAACUUUGUGUCCACUUUUAAAUGUAAAAAUCACUAUCAUUGCAUGAGUCUUUUGUAAUUCAAUUUCCAAUGAGCUAGUGUACUAAAAACUAACAUUCAGACUACUGCAGGUUUAUUAUGUGAAAUCAGUGAUUUAGAAUAUGCUUAACAGUAGAGCUUGUGCUUUUUUGGGUGACAAAAUAUAUUAAAACAUGAUGAUUUGUGAUAAUUGCAAAUUGUAGAAUGCACAAGUAAUAAACGUAUUUUCUUAAAAUAA